ACUGUAGUAUAGCAACCUUAUAGAUACGUUGUAUAUAUAAACCUUGUUAUGUUGCUUGACAGAUGAAAGAUGGAUUAACAAUAAAGGGCAAUCGCAUGUGGAACUACGAGGAGUCAAGACGUGUUUUAUCACGAUACUACAUUUGGCGACGAGUAAAAAGAAACAAAGAGAACUAGCAGUGGAACAAAAUCAGACGGCAAGAUACAAUGAAUACGAUUGAUCUAUUUCGUUUCCCAGGGCUGACGCCUCAACCGUUUAAUUAUGAGAGUCACCGAGAAAACCUUGGAAAUGAGUGGAAAAAAUGGAUUAAAUCUUUCGAAAUCAUGCUUCGAGCAUCUCGAAUUGAUGAUGAGGAGUGGAAGAAAGACCUACUAUUGCAUUUUGUGGGACCAAAGGUCCAACAAAUUUAUGAAACUCUGCCAGAACUACCAAGCAUUGAGAAACGAGGACCUCUUUCAAAUAUUGAACAAUAUACCCCCAAUAUGAACAGCUACGAAGAGGCCGUAGCAAAAUUAAAUAAUUUCUUCUUGCCGAGACAAAACCCCACCUAUGAACGACACCUAUUGCGGCAAAUUAAACAACAACCAGGAGAGAAUUUUGACACUUUUAUAGUGAAAUUACGCAUACAAGCAGAAAGAUGCGGCUAUGGCGACAAGACAGAAGAAAAUAUUAGAGAUCAGAUUAUUGAAAACUGUCAGUCAGCUGCAUUGCGUAGAGAGUUAUUGAGACUAGGCGACGCUAAUCUCGAUAAAAUAUUGAGUGUAGCAAAAAUUCUUGAAACAGUUGCUCAUCAAGAAAAAUCGUUCAUAGGAAGUCAGCAUCAAGUUGACGAUGUUAAUGAAAUUGAUGGGUAUUCUGUUCAUAAAAAGAGAAUUUUUGCUGAAACAAAUCAAAUGCAAUGCCAUCGUUGUGGGUAUAUGGGACAUCUUGCCAAAGACGAGAAAUGCCCAGCCAAAGGAAAAACUUGUAGUAAAUGCGGCGGCAUGAAUCAUUUCGCUAAGAGGUGUCGCACUAAAAACCCAGAACAAAGGACUUUCAAGGGUACCAAGAAAUAUCGACGAGAGGCAACAGAAGCUGGAAAUAGAGAGUACAAACAUGACACAGUGAAACAUAUUGAUAACAAUACCACGGAAUACGUCUUCCAUCUCACGCCAUAUGAUAACAGCAGCGAAAUGUGUUGUAAAAUAGGUGGUAUCCCUAUAAACGCUAUGAUCGAUUCGGGAUCAAAAUACAACUUAAUCAGCCAAAUUGUCUGGGAGCAACUAAAGUCCCAACAUGUUGUUGUAUCAAAUCAACACCGUGAUGCCACAAUUACACUCAAGGCAUAUGGCGGACAGGUACUGCCGCUCGUAGGUGUGUUUACUGCUACAGUUACUUUAGGCUCAGCAGAAACUACUGCCGAUUUCUAUGUUGUGAAGGGUGAUGGCAAAACUUUAAUUGGGCGUGAUACGGCUACUCUCAUGGGAGCGUUGAAAAUUACCGUUCCUGUAAAUACGGUUGACAACGAAAACCAUAAACUGUCGACCUUGAAGAAUGUUGUGGUAGAUAUACCAAUAAAAUCAGGUUCAGUAGCUGUCGCUCAGCCAUACCGUCGAAUACCGGUUGCCCUGGAAAAACUAGUCGAUAAAAAACUGGAUGAACUACUGAUUCAGGGAGUUAUCGAGCAAGUAAAUGAGCCAUCUAAGUGGGUAUCACCUGUAGUAGUUGUCCCUAAAGGAAACAACGAUGUUCGCAUAUGUGUAGAUAUGCGGCGCGCUAACGAGGCGGUUGAGAGAGAAAAUCAUCCACUACCUACUUUUGAGGACUUCUUACCACAUAUGGCUAAGGCAAAGGUAUUUUCCCGUCUGGACAUUAAAAAUGCUUUCCACCAGGUUAGUGCAAACGAAGGUUGAUUAAGGAUUGAUUGCGAUUUAAAUUCUUUUGUUAACCUAAUCUAUUUGAAUUACGUUGCUUAUAACUCAAUCGAAAUAUAUUAUAUCAGAAACUAAUCCUAAUGAGUUUCAUUUUAGGUAGA